CAUGACAGAAUCUGGGAUCAUGAGGUCCAGAGGGCUACCAAAGAGCUGCGGAAGCCUGGACUCACCGGUGUCAUUGUUAAGUGUUACUGGAAAGCAUAUGCAGUCCUGGGGAUCUUUACACUAAUUGAGGAGAUCAUUAAAGUCGUCCAGCCAAUCUUAUUGGGGAAGAUUAUUGAAUACUUUGAGAGUUAUGACCCAAAUAACACAAGAGCUUUUCAUGAGACCUUGGGCUAUGCAGCUGGAUUGUCUCUCUGCACCAUUGGCCUGGCAUUGAUGCAUCACCUCUACUUUUACUAUGUGCAGAGGAUAGGCAUGAAGAUCAGAGUGGCCAUGUGUCACAUGAUUUAUAAGAAGGCUCUGCAUCUGAGCAGUUCAGCCAUGGGGAAGACCACCACAGGCCAGAUCGUCAACCUGCUCUCCAAUGAUGUCAACAAGUUUGAUGAAGUGACGAUCUUUCUGCACUUCCUGUGGGUGGGACCGCUCCAGGCAGCUGCAGUCGUUGGGCUGCUGUGGAACGAGAUCGGUCCUUCAUGCUUGGGAGGCAUAGGGGUUCUCUUGAUUCUGAUGCCUGUCCAAAGCAUGUUCGGAAGACUUUUCUCCAAGUUCAGAAGUAAGACUGCUACUCUGACGGACAGCAGAAUCCGCACAAUGAAUGAAGUGGUGUCUGGAAUGAGGAUCAUUAAGAUGUACGCUUGGGAGAAGCCCUUCGCUGCUCUGGUCUCUGAGGUCAGAAGAAAGGAGAUCUCCAAGAUCAUGAAGAGCUCCUACCUGCGAGGUCUCAACAUGGCUUCAUUUUUCUGCGCCAGCAAGCUCAUUCUCUUUGUCACAUUCGCCAUCUAUGUCCUCUUGGGAAAUACCAUCUCAGCCAGCCGUGUAUUCGUGACGGUGUCUCUCUACAGUGCGGUGCGACUUACGGUGACGCUCUUCUUCCCUAGUGCUAUUGAAAAGCUGUUUGAGAGCCGUGUCAGCGUCCGCAGGAUUCAGGAGUUCUUGACACUGGAUGAGAUCAGGAAAAACACAGUUGCUCUGCCACAGGAUGAGAAGGAUGCUGCUGUGGAGAUUCAGGAUCUGACUUGCUACUGGGACAAGAGUUUGGAUGCUGUAUCUCUCCAGAGCAUCUCACUCACACUCAGCUCGAAUCAGCUGUUGGCUGUAAUUGGACCGGUGGGAGCUGGAAAGUCAUCCCUGCUGAGCUCCAUCCUGGGCGAACUUCCAGCUGAAAAAGGGGUGCUGAGAGUCAAAGGACAGUUGACCUACGCAGCCCAGCAGCCAUGGGUCUUCCCUGGAACAAUUCGCAGCAACAUCCUUUUUGGAAAAGAGCUGAACCCCCAGAAGUACGAGAGAGUCAUCAGAGCCUGUGCUCUAAAGAGGGAUCUGGAGCUACUCCCAGAUGGAGACCAGAUACUGAUUGGGGACAGAGGAGCUACACUCAGCGGAGGACAGAAAGCACGUGUCAACCUGGCCAGGGCUGUGUAUCAGGAUGCAGACAUCUAUAUUCUGGAUGACCCACUCAGUGCUGUGGAUGCAGAGGUGGGGCGGCACCUCUUUGAACAAUGCAUCUGUGGCUUGCUGAAGAACAAGCUUCGCAUCCUGGUCACCCAUCAGCUUCAGUACCUGAAGGCAGCUGACCAGAUUGUUGUCCUGAAAGAGGGUCACAUGGUGGCAAAGGGAACUUACAUGGAGCUUCAGCAGUCUGGAUUGGACUUCACCUCCCUUCUCAAGAAGGAGGAAGAGGAGCAACAGCAGACUCAUCAUGACACCCCCACCAGAACUCGAACUCUGUCUCAAAAUUCAGUACUGUCCCAGACUUCCUCUGUCCAGUCCAUCAAAGAUGAAGACCAGUUACCGGCGGAGAAAGUUCAGACAUUUGCAGAGGAGACUCGAGCUCAGGGAACCAUUGGAAUACGCAUCUAUGCCAAGUAUCUGGCAGCUGGGGCCAACAUUGUGGUUCUGCUGGCUGUCGUGCUGCUUAACAUCAUGGCUCAGGUAGCAUACAUCAUGCAAGACUGGUGGCUAGCUUACUGGGCUGAUGAGCAAGAAAAACUAAUGGCCAGCAGUAACAUGACUAACAUCACAACAAAUGGACUAAAUGUCACCAAAGAGCUGGACACGGAUUUUUACCUCGGAAUUUAUGGAGGUUUGACUGCAGUCACCAUAAUCUUUGGCUUUGGCAGGAAUUUGGUGCUGUUCAAUGUGCUAGUGAGGUGUUCACAGUCUCUGCACAACCGCAUGUUUAGCGCUAUACUCCAAACACCCGUGCGCUUCUUUGACAUCAAUCCGAUUGGAAGAGUAUUGAACAGAUUUUCAAAGGACAUUGGGCUGCUGGACUCCAACAUGCCAGUGACGUUUGCAGAUUUCGUUCAGAUCUUCCUCCAGAUACUUGGGGUCAUUGCUGUUGCAGCGUCAGUGAUUCCCUGGAUCCUUAUCCCCGUUGUCCCCCUCCUUCUCAUCUUUCUUUAUUUGCGUCGCUACUUUCUGCGGACCUCCAGAAAUGUUAAACGGCUGGAGUCCACCACUCGGAGUCCAGUCUUCUCCCACUUGUCCUCAUCUCUUCAGGGCCUUUGGACAAUCCGAGCAUUUGGGGAAGAGAAGCGCUUCCAGAAAGUCUUUGAUGCCCAUCAGGACCUGCACUCAGAGGCCUGGUUCCUGUUCCUGACCACCUCUCGCUGGUUUGCUGUCCGCCUUGAUGGCAUCUGCUCCAUCUUUGUUACCAUCACUACUUUUGGCUGUCUGCUGCUCAGAGACAAGCUUGAUGCGGGUGCUGUUGGUUUGGCUCUGAGCUACUCUGUCACACUAAUGGGCAUGUUCCAGUGGGGUGUCAGACAGAGUGCAGAGGUGGAGAACAUGAUGACAUCAGUGGAAAGAGUAGUAGAGUACACUAAACUGGAGAGUGAAGCACCCUGGGAAACCCAGAAACGUCCUCCUCCUGAUUGGCCAAGUAAAGGCCUGGUGACCUUUGACCAGGUCAACUUCUCCUACAGUGCUGACGGACCUCAGGUGCUGCACAACCUGAAAGCCAUGUUUAGACCCCAAGAGAAGGUUGGUAUUGUGGGUAGAACAGGAGCCGGGAAAAGCUCUCUGGUCUCGGCUCUGUUCCGCCUGGCAGAGCCCCAGGGGAAGAUCUACAUCGACGGUAUUGUGACCUCUGAGAUCGGCCUCCAUGACCUGCGCCAGAAGAUGUCCAUCAUUCCUCAGGACCCGGUACUGUUUACGGGUUCCAUGAGAAAGAACCUGGAUCCAUUUAACCAACACACAGAUGAAGAACUGUGGAGUGCUCUGGAAGAGGUGCAGCUAAAGUCCGUGGUGGAAGAGCUCCCUGGAAAGUUGGAGACUGCCCUGGCUGAGUCGGGCUCCAACUUCAGUGUGGGCCAGAGGCAACUGGUGUGUCUGGCACGAGCUGUCCUGAGGAAGAACCGCAUCCUCAUCAUUGAUGAGGCCACAGCCAAUGUGGACCCGAGGACCGAUGAGCUGAUCCAGAAAACCAUACGAGAUAAAUUCAGGGAAUGCACUGUGCUCACCAUCGCUCAUCGCCUCAACACCAUCGUAGACAGCGACCGUAUACUGGUUCUAGAUGCGGGGAAGAUCCAUGCGUAUGAUGAGCCGUACACCCUGCUGCAGGAUCCCACUAACAUUUUUUAUAAAAUGGUGCAGCAGACGGGCAAACAGGAGGCAGCAGCUCUUCUAGAGGCAGCUAAAAAGGCUUACGACAGCAGGAGCCGCCCCAGCCUGUCAAACGGACACGCAGUAACAGCAGACGGGAACUUGGUUAUCUUUGAGACCGCUCUGUAAGCUCAGGGAGGCACUGAAUUGCUGCUGCUCCUCCAGAAGAUCCCUGGGCUGUAAAGCCCCUCCAGUCUCUGGUGAAAGCGCUGAGCCGCUGCUGGUGGCGUAAGACGGGGGUGGACGUGACCUGCACAGCACUGAUUUGCUGGGCCUGAUGUGGCCACACAGUGCAGCUGUUUCCUCAGACUGACUGCCCAGAAAUCAGGGCUAUGAGAACUGUUGAUGUAGAGCACUACCCAUUUAUCUCUCACGUGUUAAAUUGCUGCUCAGCAUUCUGGUGCCUUGCACAAAUAGCUUUUAAAUGGCUACAUAAUCCUUAAAAUCCCAAGUGCUUUAAUUUACUGAUGGAAGUAAAUCACUUGUAGAUCAAAGUGAUAUUAUUGUUCAGGAUUAGUAACGACCAAAUUCUUACUCUGCAGAGAUCUCUCUGUAUUUUUUUCACAUUUAUCUCUUUAACUACAUGUUUUAAAGACUUGAAAAAAAGCGUCACAAGAUUUCAGUGUUAACUAUUUUGUUCCUUGUGUUGUUUAAAUGCUGAUUGAAGCAUUUCCAGGGAGGAAAGUGAAAUAGCAGUGUGAGCUGUCUGCUGAAUGUUUAAGUUAUUUCAACUUUGUACGCUUGUUUUGUCAAAUAUUACAUAAAAGGCCCACACAUCUCACAUGGUAACAUUUGUCUUGG